AUGACAUCUUUGUGGAACAGGUUCUACAAAAAGAACAUCCUCAUUACAGGAGGCUCAGGAUUCCUUGGAACUGCGAUUGUAUACAGGCUUGUUACAAAGGCUGCCCCGAACAAGAUAUACAUUGUCUGCAGAGGAGGUCGCGACUCGCUGGAAAAGAAGUGGAAAGAAUGGCUUGGCCCUGAAGCCGACGCGUUGUUGAACACGGAUAACAUACUCACCAUUCAAGGGGACAUUGAAACAAUGGAUUUCAAUUCGGCCCUUGAUGGCCUAAAGCUUGAUUUGGAUAUUAUCAUCCACAGUGCCUCAACUAUCAAUCUUGCACGUCCAUUGAAGCAAAUCAAAAACAUGAUAGUCUACGCCAGCCUGAACCUUGCCGAACUGGCUACCAAGUGCCCCAACUUGGAGCGAUUUGUGUAUGUUUCGACAGCUUAUUCGAAUGCAAACCUAUAUCAAAGUCGCGGCACCCCACACGUGAGGAUCGAAGAGCAGAUCUACCCUAUCGGCGAUGGCGAUACUACCGAUGAUGAGCUUGCGGAGCUUGAUGACCUGAAGGAAGACGAGCCGAGUCAGUUCAAUGAAUAUGUUGAGCAGUUUCCAUAUGCGUACACCUACGCAAAACACUUAACGGAACGUUUGAUGAAAAAGAAGCUUGGGGAUAAACUUCUCAUACUGAGGCCGUCCAUCAUUGGCCCAGCUCAAAGUUACCCUUUUGAGGGAUAUAGCAUGCCGCUAUCAACUCCCUCAACUCUCUUCUCCGCCGCCAUCAUGCUGACACCUUCUCGCUCAAUGGUGCUUGCCACGCGAGCAUCUAAUCCUAUGCUCGAAGCAACAAGCGAUGAAGUGCCAGUGGAUGUAGUGGCAGACCGACUGUUGGCUCACCUGGCAUAUGGCACAACGGGGCCCGUGCACGCUGUCAGCGGAAGCAACGCCCUUAGCAUCUUCCAACCGUGGUGGGAAGAGUGCAUGAAGGAGCGACGUCUUCCAUGGAAGGUCAAACCAGUUUGGAGGUCUAUCGAUUGGCGAUCCUCCGAGUUGCACCCAAUCUGUCGCACUACUGUGCUUUUUGGAACGUCUUUUGAAUUUGGGGAGGAAAAAACCGCCGAUCUGUCUGACAUGCUAGAUGAUGAUGAACAAUUGGAAUGGGAGCUUUACACUAAGAAGAGCAGCACGGAAUAUGAUUUAUCUAAACGGAGACAGCAUAUUCGCUAUUGCAUGAAAAGGCUUGCAAAAAGGAAUGCUGGAGCUCGAAUGUUGAUCCGGGUGUUUUACCGAAACUAUGGCGCGAAGUGA